ACGUAGGAUUCGUCUGUAUGAUUCUGUUGAAAUUUUUUUUGUUUUAUUUGAAUUUAACUACCAUGUCAGAGUUUUUACCCAACUCUUAACGUUUUAUUUUUCUGACAUUAGUUCCUUGGGAAAUUUUUAUGCUUUAAAAUUUUCAAUCUUAACAACUAUGUUGAAGCACUUUUUUAUUUUUGCAAUACUUGCUCUGUACUUGGGAAGCAAUAAUUGUUUUGAAAGUAAAGAUUGGGACUAUUUUGUAUUUGCUCAACAGUGGCCUCCUGCUGCUUGUUUGGAUGUACCUCAUGGAAAAUGCUUAAUACCAGAAGGUGUCAGAGAAUGGACUGUUCAUGGUUUGUGGCCAACAAGUCACAAAGGUUACCCAAGCUUCUGCAACAGUUCCUGGCCUUUUCGACCUGAGCUAAUUAAAUCUCUUGUUCAAGUACUUGAAAUAAAGUGGCCAAAUAUAUAUGCAAACACAUCUGAAUAUUCGUUUUGGAAACAUGAAUGGUCUAAGCAUGGAACUUGUGCUGCAACCGAAACCAUGUUUAACUCAGAAUAUAAAUAUUUCAAGAGAAGUUUAAUACUUCAUGAUGACUAUAAUAUAUUUGAAAUUCUACGAAAAACUGGAAUUUAUCCAGAUGACAGUCAACCACAUAUGCUAAGUUUCAUUGAACAUGCUCUUACAGUCGAGCUGAAAAAAAGUGUGAAACUAUUCUGCAAGAACCAUAAAGCAUACUCAAAACCAAUUUUGACAUCAAUGUACAUAUGUCUUACUAAGGAUUUGCAAAUUAUUGACUGUGAUGAAAUUAAAGAACCAACCUGUCAAGGAACAUUUGUGUAUUAUUUGCCUUUUUCAAAUUCCACUGGUAUAAGGUAAAAAAAAAAAAAUUUCCUACAAUUUGUUGCAUUGAAAAAAAUUCAGCAUUUAAUUAUGCUUAAUAAAAUACAGUUGAUCUCUCUUAAUACGAACUGUCAAAAGUCCACGAAUUUGUUUGUAUUAUCCGUUAUUCGUAACAAACACGAGUGAAUAAUACUGAGAAAAAAGAAAGAAAUGCUUACCUAUAUUUAAAAAUAUUAUUUCAAACACUAUCUUAUCUAUUUUAAUCUAACUAUUAGAACAUUCAGAAAAAUAUGACUUAUUUCUUAUAAAUGAAUGUUCUUGGAAAAUAUUGAAAAAGGAAGAUGAUCAUCGACAAUUGCAGAACAGAGUGUAAUCCACAAUGGAAGACUAACAGUUUUAUCUUCGAGUAAAUUGAAAUGUCCACAGGUAAAUAAAAUGUGCGGGCUUUACUUUCUCUAUGCGAAAUUCUUAUCAUUUUCUUCUCGAUACACAAUGGGACUGCUACCAACCAAACCAACAAAAUGAUACUACCUAGCAAAAUGAUGAAUAAUUUCUAUAAAAGAAAGUUACGAUAUUCAACCUCGAAUAUUUUGAGUAAAGAGAUGACAAAUUUUUAUUCGUCUUAACCGAGGCUUUCAAUUUAAUGUACGUAUUAUGCAGGAAAAUUUUAAUGCAAGCAAAUAGCAAACCAAACUUAACAAACAAAAUGUCCAUUUCUGCCGUGAUUUCGUAUUAAACGUCAUCGUAUUAAGAGAGUUCAACUGUAUAAUAAAACUAUAAGCUGACAAACGAUUAAGUGCAAAGAGGGUAUUUCAUAUUUUUCUUCUAAAUUUAAAGAUUUUGAUUGAAAAUAGUUAUAAUGACAGAAUUAUUAAGGUAACAUGUUCAUUGUACUAAAAGAGCAUGAAUUCAUGCUGCUACCUGAUUGUCUUUGCUUAUGAAGUUAGUAAAGAGUAGUGAAACAAGCAGGACCAUUAAGAUGUUGAGCUACUAAGUAAUGAAAUAAUUUGAUAGCUCAACUUCUAAUUUUUUUAUUUAGUAUAUUUAUUCCUGGAAUAUAAUAAAUAUUAUUAAUAUGCAUAAUUCAAGCUUAAAACCUUAAGCUGUUUAAUUUGUGUACUUAAAAUUUUUCUGACUAAUUCUUGACAUUUGACCGAACUGUGUGUAACACCACAAUUUGUAUUCGUAUGUAUGUAAAUUUUUGAAAGUUUUGGUAAAAAUGACCUCUUUCAGACAUGCAAAACCUAUUCACUUUCAAUAAUAAAUUUUAAUAUUCCUUAAAUGUAUUUUGACUUGGACAACAUGGCUAUAAGCUCUGAGAAAAACUUCAAUUUUAAAUCAAGUGUGAUAUACAUUGGCUUUACGUCAAAGUGAGAACUGUCAAACAAAAGUUUUCUUUUGUAAAAUGAAUGGCAAUAGUAUGACUUGAUCAAUAGUUGUUGUCAUUGCUAUAAGCUUUCAGUUUUACUUUGAACUUUAAAAAAAAAUAACAUUACUUUGCUUAUUUUUUAAAAAUUUACCUUCAAUCUUUUGUUUCAGUUUCAGUAGAUUGAAAAUAAAUGCUUUUAGGAUAUGAAAAUAUUAACAUUGCAAAGUUCAUAGGCAUGCACAGGGCUUCAGAAAUGGGGGUACCACUGUACCAGGAGGUUAAAAUUGAGCUUGGAAGGGUUCCCAUACUUGCUCGCUUAAGGAACAUUUUCGUAUAUUGCGAGUAAAAAAGCAUUUUUAAAGCGUGUGAGGUAAGAAAUUAAUGAACCUAAAAAUGUAAAAUUUUAAUGACUUUUGUAUUAACUUUCACUUCUAUAUGCUAAUGAGGGACCACGGUACCCCUGGUGACCCCCCUGUGUAUGCCUAUGACAAAGUUAUAGUUACAAUUGUGAAUGGAGAUUAACUAAAAAGUAUACACAUGUCGCUACGUGUUAUUUUAAAAAGAGCCUGAAAACUGAAAAAUGAUAUCAACAAUAAGUUGUCAUGGAUACUGUUUUACUCUUAUUUAUAUAUAGAAUUUCAUCUUCCUAUCCUAAAUUUUUAAAUCAUAAAUGUGCAAGAAAAAUGAAAUUACAGGUUAUUGCAUGGCUAUCAACCUAAACUGCUAACCAAAACAUUUUGCCAUAUCUUGAUUACAAAUAGAGAUUAUAAUCAGCAUGCAAAAAAAGAUAAGUUGUAUACCUUAAAAACAUUAUCUGAUAAAAGCUAUUUUUCAGUCAAUAUCUUACUACUAAACGGCAUGACCUUGAGAGUCAUGGAUCUGGACGAAAUUCUGGAUUUAGGUCAAUUCCAACCAGAUAUAAGCCCAGUUAAAGCGGUUUGACUGCAUAGGCCCUAGUUCGGCUGCAAUGGGAAUCCAAAGUUUCUAGUUUGGCUCCAGAAAGGUAAUGGUUUUUCCUUUGAAAUUAAUCUUUUUUUUACUCUUUCAUUGAUAUUUAAUUACAGUAUUGCCCAACUGAAUGCAUUCACACAGAGCAAAUUUCACCACCCCUAUGUUUUACUAAUAAGAGAUAAGGAGAGCAAAUAUUGUGCCAAAGUUUCAAAUUCAAAGAAAACUCUAUUGCAGGUCUGGAGCCAAACAAACAAAUUUAGAACCUCCUUGCAUCCGAACUAUUCACUCAAACUAUUUUUCCUGGGCUCAUAUCUAGUACGAAUUGACCUAAAUCCAGAAGUUUAUCCAGAUUCGCAAUUCUCUAGUUUUUGCCAUCUGAACCACACUGAUUUUUAAGCCUCCUGAAUUGCAAAGGCAUUUUCAUUGGAAUUUUUGAGCUUUGGGACAAUAUCUAUCCUCUCAAGACAUUCAGCAUCUCUUGUCAGUACAAAGAAGGGGGAGGGGGAGAUUUAUUCUAUGUUGUGAAAGCAUUUAAUUGGCUCUUACUGCAAUGCAAAUGCAAGAAAAGUGUAAAAAAAUUUUAAUUUCAAAGGAAAAACCAUUGCUUUUCUGAACUUAAGUAACAACUUUGGACCAUCGUGGCAGCCGAACUAGGGCCUAUGCAGUCAAACCACUUUACAUAGGUUCAUGUCUAGUGCAAACUGACCUAAAUCCAGAAUUCCAUUCAGAUCUGUGACCUUCAAGGUCGUGCCGUUUGGUAGUUAGCUAGUUUUCAAAACUCUUUGCUUUUUGGUUUUGUUGUUGCUAUCAUAAAUCAAUUAAUGUGAUAUGUAUAUUGUGAUUUAUACAUUAUUUUGAAGAGACUUUAGAAUUUGAAAUGCUCAAUUUGAUCUGUUUUAAUCUUUGAUUGUAUAAUCAAUUUUGAUUGUUACAUUUUAUUUCAGAAUUAUUUAAAAAUUACAAUUUUUAGGGACUUCUUUUGCAAGUUUAAUAAAUCCAAGUUUUUAAAUUGUCUUAUUAAAAUUAAUCAUGAAUUUAAAAUUUUUUCCACCAAUGUAUUUCCCCCUUUAGUUAUUUAUUAUUUUUUUUUUUUGUGAGCUGUGUUUAAUAAUUGUUUAUUAAAAAGUUCUUAUUUAUUGUCUAGUCAGAAAACAAGACUUGUGUCAAAAUAUAUUUAUUGUUUUUUUGGUCAAGACAUAAUUGUUCAUUUAUGUAAUACAUAUAUGUAUGAGUUUAAAAACCUUCUGUGAAGAAUAAUUACAUUACGGAGUGUUAAUAUUAUAUUUUUUUGAAAAUGUGCGAAACAUAUUUUACUUUUUGACAGACUAAAAAUAUUGUAUAAAGCAUAACUUUAUCUUGUAAAAAUAAAUAUUUAUUUUUG